CCAGUAGCUUCUUUCUAAUGUCUCUUUGUCAUCUGUGGUCUUGUUUUAUAAGCCGUUUGCCUUGUGCUAGUACUAUCGACAAAAUGGCUAUAUCCGAUAACUGGAUACUUAUCAUACUGUGCAUCCUUGUCGCUGCAUACAAAAACUUACCUUUCGUGUGGUUUAUUCGUUUCCUUCGAGCUUUAGUCACACGACUUUUUAUAACCCCAAUCACACACAAGGAACUGAGUCCAGAAUGCCUGUUUCUUCCAGCAAUCCACCGGACACGGUCACCACUUACAGAAUGCGACUACAAUAUCCAUAAGUCUAACUCGACCUACUUCACUGAUCUCGACAUUUCACGCGGUAACCUGAGUCUCCUCCUAUUCAGCCAACGCUUAUCAUUCCGCCCUACCCCGACUACCGCAGUCAUGAUCUUGAGCGGAGUGCAGAUUGUCUUUCGCAGGGAGAUCAAGCCAUACCAGCCGUAUGAAGUCUGGUCCCGGGUUCUCAGCUGGGACGAGAAAUGGAUCUACAUUGUGUCGCACUUUGUCAAGAGAGGCGCGUUUCCCCAUCGCAAGUUUCUGCUGCAGCCGAAUACACCCGGAGAUCGUACACGGCCGAAGGCUGGUAGCGAUCAGUCACCGGAGAAACAGGUGUUCGCGUCUGCUGUGUCCCGGUAUGUUUUUAAGCAGGGACGUAAGACUUUCGCGCCGGAGCAGAUGAUGGUCGAAUGUGGUCUUCUACCUUCCAAAGAGAUAGACGAGGGACUGGCUAAGUGGAGUGCGAUUGAGGAGCGGAGGAAGCGGGAUCUGGAAGCUGCACAAUUGAAGAUUGGAUGGGAUGCCGUGCAUAAUACUUUUGAUGGAGAUGCUACGAAGGUGCUGGGUCGGUAUACUGAUCUCUUGUGGCGAUAAGAAGAGCACGACUGGAGCUACAUGACGCUCAUAAUGAGCUAUAAAGAAAGUGUAGGCUAGAGAUAGAUAGAUACAUAGAUAGAUGAGAAAGAGGAAUAUGGAGAGUGCCCUGGUAGUCUUCUGACAACAAUUUGCCAUCAGAUUAAAGCCGGUGGGGAUCCUGUUGGGUCGAGUGGAGAUAUUCUCAUCAAUAAAGUUAGGGUACCGGCGAGAUGUGCCCCAACCGUUGGCCCGGUUGGAAGCCGAGGCGAUCGAGAUUACAUUAUCACGGCAACCCGCAUAAGAAUCGUCAACGGGAAUGUCAA